GUCACACUGGCUACAAAAAAAGGAAAACGUGCGCACGAUUUGGUUCUGUCAAUUAGAUUUUUAUUGAAAAACUGAGUGAAAAGAUGGCAAGCAAGCCGAAAAAAGAGGUACUAUGCGACUAUUGCCACAGCAGCGACGAGGCGAAGAACAUGUUCUCCGGCCAGAAGGUAUUCGCCAUGGGCCGCAAAAUUGUGGGUCUGCUCGAGAUCGUCACGCACAGCAACCACCCGGCCAACGCGGCCGUAAGGGUAUGCUUCCAUUGCGCCUCGAAUUUGCUGUCAGUCACCCAGGUAAUCGAGAAGUCCAAAAAUAUGGUGGCCAGGAUUGCUCUCGGCCUGAGAAGCGAGGAGCUGAAUUUUAAAUCCAGCGAUGAAGAACGGCCAGGCGUUGUUUCUAAGCCGAAUCGGAACACUACCAUACGCCAGCGCAGCAAGUCGAUUGCCGCGGUACCAGAAACACCACUUUUCACAGGGUCUACAACUGCCAAGGGCCUUCAUAAGAAACUUGAUGGUUCCGCCAAAUCGCGACUUCUCGAGGAUUCCAUAAAGAUGACGCCCGCCAAGGAGGUGUCGCCAAAGAAGAAGGCUUUCAAGCAGCUCUUUGGCACCGGCGAUGGCGAUGACGAUGCCGCUGAACUGACAUCCGAAAGCGAGGAGGGGGAAACCGAAGAGGGAGCUACAAAGACGAUCAACAUCGAGACCAAUAACUUCAAGUGCAAUUAUUGCGAAUACGCUUCGAAGUAUCCCAAACAGUUCAAGGAACAUUUGCACACAGAACACGGUCAGCAGCGGCCACGCAUUUACUCCUGUCCCCGCUGCCCCAAGAGCUUUGGAGUCCUCAAAACGAUGAAAGAUCAUUUGUUAUUGGUCCAUUCGCUCGUAAUCGAAAGCGGACCGAAGGCGGCCAAGUCGAAGCAAAACAAAUCAGAGGGCCAGCAAACGGUUGAUGCAAAGGAUCCCAAGGAGCCAAUGGUUCAGGAGGAACCAAAGACUCAGAACCGUAAGCCAAAGGAAGUUAAGCCUAAAGCAAAAAAACCAGAGGAGGUUAUGGAAAUCAAGUCUACGGAUAGCCCAAAGAAAUCAAAGUCAUUGGGUGAACAGGUUGUGAGCAAAGCAAUGAAUGGCAAGGAAACCAACCAGCGCGAUUUGGCCACUUUCAAAGCCCUUAACGAGUUAUCGAUUAAGCAGAAAAUGUUCGAUAAGCUGAUCGAUCCGGAAUACACAUUUGCCAUCAACGGAUCCAGUGCAUCCACUCCCAGGGCAGAGUCCUCAGAUUUCCAGUGCGACAUUUGCGACUGCGAGCUGACUACCGCUAAGCAGAUGCAAGAUCACAUGAAGACCGCCCAUGGCAUCGACAAGCCAAAGAUCUUCAAGUGCAACGUUUGCGAGAAGAGUCUGACCACCAAACAGUCUCUAAAUAAGCACAUGAAUCUGCACGGCGAGGGUGCUGAGCAAGCAAAUUCCACCAAGCGAAAGAUCCUGCAGGCCGAGGAGGAAAUCGUGGAGAUUGAGAGUAGUGUCGAAUGGAACAAAAUGGCUGAUAAUGACGAGAUGCCUAGGGAAGAAAAGAUAGAAAGGGAGCAAGACCAGGUUGAUGGAGCCAUGCCCGCUCCUCAGUCGCCCCUCAAGAAGGCCAAAAAGAGCAAGUCCGGUUUGCUGGACACUUCUGUGGCCACAACCAAUGGGGAAUCGCCUUCAAAGGCUGAGAAACGUACGAAGCAGAACAAAUCUGGGUACUUGUCCAGUGACCAGUGGAUGGAAGAGAUAAACCAUAACGUUAAGCCGCACAAGAAGGCCCGCCUGGAGUCCGUUACGGACUCAACCGCCGACGAGUCCACGUCCAGCCUCAGCUGCAACCAGUGCGCAAAGCCGUUCUACUCGGUGCAGCGUUUACAUGAACAUGUCCACAAGAAACACGCCUCGGUUCUGAAGUGUCCAAACUGUUAUAACAUUUUCAGCAGCCAUCUCGAUUACGUGGGCCACUUUUCCGAGUGCGGUGCCGUGGACGCACUUCCCUGCGGCGUGGCAAACUGCAAGAAGAGUUUCUCCGAUGCCAACUACCUAAGCUCGCAUCUGCGCAAGCGCCACCAGUAUGCUUAGGGCCGCUUUUGUUUUUUUUAAUUCAUCACUUUUUGACCUAAUUAGUUUUAUAGUUAGGUUAUUGAUUUACGUUUGAAUUUUGGUAAAGUUUUUACUUGUCUUUUAUGAUUUAUAAGAACAACUUUAAAUUGCAAUGUACAAAGACAUCUUUAUCUUUUGACACAUAAUCUUAACUACGAAAUGAAGUAGUAGGAGAAGACUGGACAUACCCUUUAAUAGGAAAUGAAGUACUCACCAAGAGUAUGCAAAUCCCUUUCACCUUAAGUGACUAUUUUUGUACUAAAAAUUCAACUGUUAAUAAAAAAUGUCAAAUGACUACGACAUA